CUGGUUAAUCAAAGAUCCAGCUGCUGGCUUUCAUGCACCAAAGCUUGUUCUGUCCGAACAGCAGAGCUCUGCUUCUGUGCGUGGUGGCUCUGAUCAAGCUUUGGUUGGGUGUUUCUCUUUAAUUCUGCGGCAUCUCUCUGACUGUAUGCGGGCCUGCUGUUGUGCAGGAGGGCGGGCCGUGGACACACAGCAGAUUUUGGACAGUACACUAACUGAGGAUGCGACAUGUAUGGAGCAUGGACUUGAGAUGCACGCAGCUCGCCUCGUGUGAUUAGUAUAAAUUCAAUUUGCGUAACAGGAGGAGGUCUAAAUUGAGCCGAAGCCGAGUGUGUAUGAAAAACUGACCUCGGGUAAACCAUUUAGAAGCUCGGGGGAAUUUAGAGAUUUUCUGCAGAGGUAUUUUUGCGCAGCACGGAAACUCUGGCGCACCGUAAAGGGCGAUGAUCCCUAGAUCAGCUGAUAAGACUCAUUUCGUGUUGUAACUACGACUAUUUGGGGACACACAAUCCCCUCUGUGUAGAGGUACAAGAUGAUGUCACUGAUAGAUCUGGACGAUGAUCAGCGAUGGGUGCCCACUCAUGUGAAUGUCACCGUCCUCCGCGCAAGGGGACUGCGAACCAAGGGCAAGCACGGCAGCCGCUACCUCUACACCAUCAUCCAGGUGGGGAAGGAGAAAUAUACAACUGGACUGGUGGAGAAGGCGGAGGUGCCUGUAUGGAACGAAGAGUGCUGCUUCGAGCUGCUCCCUGGGAUCCUAGAGGACGGCGGCCGGAGCGCAUACCCCCCGGGGAGCGGGGACCUGGUCCUCACGGUCAUGCACCGGGUGCUGAUUGGACUGGAUGUCUUUCUCGGUCAAACCAUCAUUCCUCUAGAUAAGAUAUUUCAGGAUGGAGCGUGUCCAAGAGAUGAAUGGUUCAAGCUCAACUCUAAGGUGGGAAGAAAAGAAAAGGAGCGUGGAGAGCUUCAGGUGACGGUCCAGUUCACCCGGAAUAACAUGACUGCCAGUAUGUUUGACCUCACCAUGAAGGACAAGCCUCGCUCUGCGUUUGGAAAGCUCAAGGAUCGGGUCACGGGGAGGAGGAGGGGGGAUGUGGAGUCUUCCUCGGCCAUCGUGCCAGGCCGCUAUGCUGCCCUGUCAGGGUCAAUGGGGCAGCCCUUUGGAGAGGAGGGAGGAGGGGUGGUAGAUAGCAGAGAUGUGGAGAUAACAGAAGAGAAGAGGAGCAAGAUGAAAGAUUUCUUCAAAGGAAGGCUGCGAAAGUCAACUGACACCAGGUCAUGCUCGUCACUGGCUUCAGAGAGCAGUAUGUCUUCCAUGACCAGCGAUAACCUCGGCCCUCCACCUAGUCUGGAUCUGCUGUCAGACCCCCCAAGCUCCCCCAUCUACACCAGUAAAGUGAGAGUUGACUCCCACUAUGGAGAAACAGAUUUAGCUAAGAAAGUGCUCACCAGCCAGCACACUACGAAGAUUCUCACACACAAGCGAGCCUUCAGCGAUGAAGCUAGUAAAAUCACACCAGCCUUCCCCUGGUCAAAUGUUGCUGUGGAGUCUGUCAAGGGUCAGACCAUGACUCAAUCCAAGUCGUCCUUGUGUAUAAAUGGAAACCAUGUCUACGACUCUGAGCCAUCAACUCCAAAGAGCUCUGGAGCCCUGCCGUCCAAGCUGGUACUGCUAGAGAAAUGCUCCCCACUGUCUCGAUCGCUGCAGAAUCUCACCAAAAGAGGUGAAGACAAAAGUUACUUUGCAGAGGGUCGCCGCUGGUCCUUUGACAAGUUGAAGAAAGAGGAAAAAGAGGAAGAAAGAGAAGCUCAGGCAUUGUCUGCAAUAUCUCAAGAAGCUCAGACAGGAGGUCGGGUUUUGGAGACAUCGGUGCCCAUCGUCUCCUCAGCUGCUGAGUCUCCUGAGAAAGGAAGGAAGCUAAGAAAGACAUUAUUCUCUACAGGGCGGAGUGAUUCUCUCCCAGCUAAGUCUGACCUAAACCAGGGUGCUUCUUCAUCUGAGGGGAGAUUCAAAGGAUGGUUUGGCUCUGGUGACUCACAGAACAAGCCGAGGCUGCAAGUUUCUCCUAAGAUAGAAAGCCGCUCAGAUGUAUCCCAUCCUCUCCCUCCUUGCUCCCCUGCAUCUCCUCAGUGCUCCCCUCCCUCUGCCUCCCCCUCUGGUCAUGUCUCACCUGAUGACUGCAGUCACAUCAAUGUCUUCACCCCUUCCUCCUCACCCUCUUCAGCCCCGCUCUCCCCUUCCAACCCUUUCCUCCCAAAUAUGCAGCGUAACCCCUUUUUCGAGGAGCUUGUAGCAGAAGAGUCUCAGAAGUCACGUCCUUUUGCACCGUGCUCCUCUUCUGGCUCAUCUCCCUUUCAUUACACCACCCUGCCCGCCCAGCCUUGUGCGCCCACCACCAAUGCUGAAGUUACUGCCACAAAUGUGGUUUCCAUUAAACGGGAGCGCUACAGGCCAGUAGCUCGGCAGAUAUCACUCCCUACAUUAUCACCCAAGGCUGCUUCGCCUAACUCCCCUAACCAUUCAGCCCCUUGCUCCACCUCUGAGAGUGCAGGAGAAUGGGACUUGUUUGAUGCCUUUGCCUCUAGCAGGCUCAACUCUCCUAAAAGUAGUCUUCCUCCAAAACAGCUGAAAACCAGCCCAAUUUCAUCUCAUAAACGUAGUUAUCCACCUAUUAGUAGCGAUGCCUCUAACUAUGCACAAGAACUGCAAACAUACACAGAAGAGCCUCCACCUUUGCCUCCAAGGAGACUUUUAAAGACUUCAGUGAAUGAGAUUUUCUCUGAUGGUUGGUUACAUCGAGGCCAAGAGCUAGCUGUCCAUAAAGAAGCGUACCUUCUCUCCCAAACUGGUGUGGCUUCACUGCAGCGUGGCAGAGAGGGUGAAUGGAAAAGAACCAGCAUAUCUCCAGACCCUCACACAAGCAACGAGACCUCUGAAUCCCUCAGCGUCCACUCUCAGCCAUGCAAUAAUGGUACUUCUUCUGGAUUAAUAUCUGAAGAGAAGCUCAAAAAGUUUAAAUAUGAACCUCUGGAAGAUCAGACUGAUUGUUGGGGAGGAAUGUUGUUUGAGCAAGACUUGUAUGGCCGUGUGUGCAGAGGAAAUUAUGGACAACCCAAGGUAAACAGUCAUCUUUUAUCACUGAACGCCGAUGAAACCACUGGAAAGGACACAAUUGAGAACUCAGAAUCUAAAAGAUUAUUUGAUAAUGAGCUAUCAGUCAGUGAACUUUUCAGUAUUUCGUCUACCACUCCUUCCAAGGUACUAGAUAUAUCUUGCUCUCCAGUAGAGGAGGUAAUUGGAACUGAUCUAUGCGAAACCUCCUGCCUCAACAAUAACAUAUCUUUCUCAUUAACAUUAGGAGAUCUGAACAUGAAUGUGAACAAUUCAGACUUUAGUUUUAUAGAUUCUGACGGGUCUUCUCAAUCAGAGGCAGCGGAUACUAUCAAAAACAUCGACAAUUUCGCUGAGCCUGUUCCACCAGAUGAUCCACAGGUGACUUUUUAUCAGGCGGAAACCACACCUGAGGAUGUUUUCACUUUAAAAGACACCUACAUACCUGCAAUGAACUCCUCUUUUGAAAUUACCGCAUCUUCUAAUAAACGGCACAAAGUACCACUAGUCUGCCAGGACAACUACAAAGAUUGUCAAUGUGAACUCAGUAACGUUGCACCCCAUGAUGAAAGAAUGACAAACAACCAAGACAAAUGUGCACUGAUGUCACAAAAUUCAGCAUCUGUUUCAUCUGACGUUGAAACUGAAUGUAGAGAAGAACAGAGACAAAGUGAUGAUGACUUUAGAAAUGUAAAGGAGGUCUGUGAUGAUAAUGGAAACCCACAAGAAAAGUUAGCCAAAUCAAAUCAGACCAAAUCCUUUUCAGGGGUUGUCAGUGCUCGAAUCAGACCAAGAGGAACUUCCCGACAGAACAGCAGUGACAGCCCAAACAGCCAGAGCAAAAACGACAGAGAGCUUGAGCAGUUUUUAGCUCUUGUUCAAAAUAUUUCAGAGGUCAGUGAAGGACCAUUAUCUUAUCAACCCACAAAAUCAGCUCUGUCUUCCUUAAAGAUGUUAGAUAAACAGACAAAUAUGCUGGAAAGUAGCUUUACUACUGACCAACCACAGCAAAAUGAGUCUACCACGACAUCAGGAAUACCUUUAAAGAACAGCACGACAUCACGUUUAGCAGAAAAUCCUUCUGAGAUCACUUUUAAAGACCUCCACGCAAAAGUUGCACCAAAUUGCCGAACCCCUUCCAAGACAAAGAUUGGGAAAUCUUUGCAAGAACCCUGUUCUCCCUCCACCCAUUAUGUACUCUCCCUGUCAGCUGAUCCUCCUAUCUGUUACCCCCCAAUAUUUUCCCCAAGCAUUGGGCCCAGUGCUGGAGCCAGUACUUCUCUGGCUGUGGCCCCCUACACCUCCUCCUACUCUACCACCUUCACCACUGACCAUCCCCUGGUUGAUGCACGGCACUCACUUUUGCCUGAGGAGACACAGCCUGCUAGCAACCUGCCCCAUCAGGAGAGCAGACCACAUCCAGUGAAACCAUUAACAUCUAGUCAAUCAGAGAAGAAAGAGGGUCGCUCUGUUCUUGAGAAGCUCAAAUCUACCAUCCACCCUGGACGCACCACCUAUCAGGUUGCAGUGGAACCUGAGAAGAUUCAGGAGCCAGCAGUGGACAGAGCAGCCCAGUAUCAGCACCUGACCAACAUGGAGCUCAUCUCUCUGCUGCUGCAGCAGGAGAUGGACAUGCAGAAGCAGCAGACGGCCUCUGAGCAGCAGGGGGCGCAGCUGGAGAAAUGCGAAGCCGAGUUGAAAAAGGUUAAGUCACAAGUUCGAGACCUGGAGGACUACAUUGAUAAUUUGUUACUGCGGAUCAUGGAGCAAACACCCACUCUGCUUCAAGUGCGCACCAGACACAAGUGACAUCAGGGCUAGGGUGCAGUUUUGUGUAUUGGAGAUGAUGUAUAGCCUCUAGAAUAUAGUUAAUAGCAGGAAGCUGUUUUUCCAGAGGCUCUUUUGGUCAAAGAAAUGCUCCAAGGGUUCUGAUCUCACAAUCAUCCAGGUCUUCUCACUGCUGAUACUGCCCUGUUGAUGUAGACACAAUAUUGCUCAUCAUGCAUGCUGGUUACUAGCCUGGUUUGACACAAACAAACAAACAAAAAACAAACAAACAAACAGAACAAUGUGCUAUAAGAAAAAGCAGAUGCAAAUGGUAAUUUCACACAUGCUUGCUAGAAUAAGUUACGGCAGUCAGCUUGUUGUUAGUUUAACUGUAAAAUCACUGCUUUUACAUGUGCAAAAAUAAAUACACAUGGAGAAAAAAAACAUUUUUGGAAUUUUAAAAUAGAAACUUAAAAAUUACAGCAACAUAUAACAAACUGUUUUGCAAUGCUGUCUAAAUAAAGAAGAGGUUUCUAUAUUAACAUUGCUGUAUGGUGAGCAAAAAAGCAAUGUUCAUGUUUGUCUCAUAGAAGACAGAGGAAGAUGAAAAAUUUUUAAACAAAAUAUUGUUUCGCAGAUGUUUUUCCUUUCAAUUACGGACAAUAGAUGAAAGAACAAAUAAAAAUAUUUUCUUUUUCUUUUUCAGUUGUUUGGAAAUUGAAAUACUUUACUGUAGGAGUACAGAGUAACAGUGCAGUAAAUAGUAUCAUAAGUUAUUUCUAUCAAACACUUUUCCUGGAUAAUAUAUUCAAAUGCUACAUUAUUAUUGCUGUAGCUUCCUGCUAUGCUUCUUAUGACCGCAGUACUGUAAUAAAAUAAAGUGCACAUGAA